GGAGUUGCCUUGCCCCCGCAGCAAUCGCAGUAGUAGUGGAGUGGAGAAGAAAAACUGUCGCAGCAAGUAAAUUCUAACGGGAGCCGGAAAAUCGACAAAAUUUCAACAAAAUCCUCGAAUUGAUAUUUACUUCUGAUUAAUCAUGGAGCAAGUGCUGCAGAACUCAUUGAUUACUGCUGCCGUUCAGUUGGAGAAACAAUUGGACAACGAACUGUCGAGAUUGGACAGUCUCGGCGGGGAAGAUCUGGAAAAGCUUCGCGAGCAGAGAAUCAAAGAGCUGAAGAAACAGGCCAAUCAGCGGCAAGAGUGGAAGAAUAACGGUCACGGCGAGUACUGCGAGUUGGCGGACGAAAAGGAGUUCUUCGAGGUAAGUAAAAAAUCUGCCAACAUCGUGUGCCACUUCUACCGGGAUUCGACGCCCCGCUGCCGAAUCGUUGACAUGCACCUCAAAAUUCUGGCCACCAAACACAUCGAGGCCAAGUUUUGCAAAGUGAACGCCGAAAAGUGUCCCUUCCUGACGCAACGGCUGAGGAUUAAGGUCAUCCCGAGCAUAGCCCUGAUCAAGGACAGCAAAACGAAGGACUACAUCGUGGGCUUCACAGAUCUGGGCAACUGCGACGAUUUCAGCACCGAGAUGCUGGAGUGGCGCAUCGCACAAUCCGGAGCCAUCGAAUACAACGGAGACCUGCUGACACCUCCGGAUGACAAGAAAAAGAAGAAGACCAACUACAGCGCAAAAAAGACCAUCCGCGGUGGGUACGAUUCGGACGAUUCCGAUAUCGACUUUGACGAUUAAUCGCAAUCGAAGGAUGCAAAAGCACGAGAGUUGCUCCCGUACGGUUAGAAUUAACACAAAAUUGCUCUGGUAGCAAGCUGUAACAGACAAAACUCAAGAUCGCGAUGGAGGAAACUUUUUUUCUAUAGUAUUUAGGCAUUAUUUUACAAAAAAGUAGUAUUUAAGAGAUUCUUUUGAUGCAAGCAUGUUGAGAGCAAGCGCGAUGCAAUAUACUCUCCUGCACCCGCAAAAUCACUCAAAGCAAUCAACGAUGAGAAAUCUGCUCCUCAGCGACUUCUCAAGGGUUGAAAUUUGUACCGCUGUCGUUGCAUGUUCACCAAUUUAUCGAUAACUAGCUUCUUUUUGUUUCUACUGCGUGUGCUAUUAACAAAUCAGUUUAUUUCAAACCGUGAUAAAAUUUGCUUCAUACCGUUCGCCAAGCAUUUGGGACAAAUUGUGUGAUUUUGACAUCCCUGGCUAUAAAGUAUCCUCCACUACCUCCUCUCGAGUGUUCGUCCCCGUUUUAAUCUGGUAAAUUUUAAUCGAAUAAUGAUAGUGGUUAGAAAUAUCGCUUUUUUGUCGAGUCGAGUGCGCUCCAGAGUCAAAGUCUACCAUACCUAGAACAAGCAUUGUUCGAAAUACAUAUUUGAAAACGAACUUAGUAGAGAUAUUGAAAAUUUGAAACAGAUUGGUAACCUGCUAGGAAAUAAAAAAAUCAAACGAACAAAUUAGGGCUAUUUUAGACCAGUUUCCUUAUGAAAUUAGAGUCAAAUCUACAAAAAAAAAACAAUCCAAUAAUUAGAAUAAUGGACAAAUUUAGAGCGCUUGCCCCCAGAUUUCACUGCGAGGCACCAAGAAGAAUUUUGAGUUUUCCUUUAGAUAUGUACUCUCAUUAUUUAUGGCUUAUUUUUUCUACUCAUUAUAUGACGAAUUUAACUUACUAACAUUUAGUAGUGCAGCAACCAAUCAGUGUGUGAAAGAAAGAGAGCGUGAUUCAUCGCAAACUCGACGAUGUGCGAAUCAAAAAACAACAGAACGGUAUUUUUGUUUACAGCUUGAUGUACAAUCUGAUUGAUGUCUGCUGGCGGCACAGGUUACUGGAAGCAGUACCUACUGUGUUGUGUGAAUUUACUUGGUUUUUGACACUGCGACAAUUUGAACGUGAGCGCAGCAUACCUAAAUUGUAAGAACGCAUGAUUGCAAGCCUAGUGACUAUAUAUUAAUAAAUUAUUUAAGUUUUCUAUUACUGAUGAUAAUGUAA